AAAUGAAAGGAAGACGAAAGGAGAAAAUGAAAAAGAAAAUUAAAUAAAGAAAAAGGCGCAUUGAAGAAAGCGAUAAACAAUAUUGGCAAGGCAAUCAUCGCCAAUGUGCCAACCCAACAAAGACAUUGACCCGUACGUGUGUCUAUUAGCAUGAGGCGCAGCAACAGACGAGAGACUGUUCAUUCCUUGAAGAAAUGUAGAAAUAGUACUGCUCCGCCCGUACUUCAAUCCUCUACUUUUACUACUGGUCCCUGCGUCGUAAAGGAGGCAGCAGUAGCACAGUACCCCUCUUCACACCUACACACACAGAGCACGCUCUACAAGUGUACGUCUCCCCAAAUGCAACUUCAAUAUAUAUCUGCUGCUGAACAAGCAGCAGCAGGUUAUGUCCUUUCCUCCGGGUCACUUCAAGAUCACUAAAUAGUUAAUGAAACGUUAGGGUUAUGUUUAUAUAUGGUUCUUGCUUGUUUUAUUUGAUCUGAGAGAAAAAGUGUCUGUUAUAUAUAUAUAUAUAUAUAUAUAUAUAGAGAGAGAGAGAGAGAGAGAGAGAGAGGCACGGUGGCGGAGGAAGUGGUAUAAUAUAGGCGAGCGUCACAUUGCACGUUCUUUAGGUGGACCUCGGUACAACUUAUUCACUGUCAUGAACUGCCAACUCUUGAAUUUAUUUAUUUCUUUUUCUUUGAUUUUAUGGCUUAGACUACUGUGCUACUCUUAUUCUUUGAUUCUUAUUGCUUCUGACUCUUGAUUUCUUUUCGCCAUCUUUAUUAAGUAUAGAGAGAGAGAGAGAGAGAGAGAGAGAGAAUGAGAAAGCAAGUUAUGGGAAAGGAUAAGGUUACUUGUGAAGUUGAAGGGUCGAGCAAGAGCAAUGAUAUUCAUGUUCAGAACGGAAUCAACGACGUCGCCUUGCCUCCUAACGACUACCAUGAUGACUUGUACAAGGAACUGUGGCGGGCAUGUGCUGGUCCCCUUGUUUAUGUUCCCCGAGCAGGGGAGAAGGUUGUCUACUACCCUCAAGGUCACAUGGAACAGGUAGAGGCAUACAUGAACCAAGACGGUAAAAUGGAAAUGCCUGUCUACAAUUUACCUUCAAAGAUUUUCUGUAAGGUUAUCAACGUGCAACUAAAGGCUGAAGCUGGGACAGAUGAGGUGUUUGCCCAGAUAACUUUGCUGCCAGAGACAAAGCAAGACGUGCUAAGCUUAAAGGAGGAUGGGAACUCUCUGCCUUUGCCUCGCAAAGCUGAUUUACGAUCCUUUAGCAAGAAACUCACAUCAUCAGACACGAGUACCCACGGUGGAUUUUCUGUCCUGAAGAGACAUGCUGAGGAUUGCCUUCCGCCCAUGGAUAUGUCUGGAGAGCCCCCAGAACAGAUGCUUGUUGCAAAGGACAUGCAUGGUACUGAAUGGUCCUUUCGACAUGUUUUUCGGGGUCAGCCAAAGAGGCACUUGCUUACUACUGGUUGGAGCACAUUUGUGACUUCAAAAAAACUUCUUGCUGGGGAUGCUUUUAUCUUCCUUAGAGGAGAAAAUGGAGAACUUCGCAUAGGGCUCCGUCGUGCAAUGAAACUACAUAGCAAUGCAUCAACCAGUGUCAUAUCAGCCCACAGCAUGCAACAUGGUAUAUUGUCCAUGGCUUUCCAUGCCAUCACCACUGGAUCCAUCUUUACAGUUUAUUACCGUCCCUGGACAAAUCCCACAGAAUUUAUUAUUCCUUUUGAUCAGUACGUGGAGUCAGCUGAAUUAGAGUAUUCUGUUGGGACAAGGUUCGGAAUGCUGUUUGAAGUCGAAGAAUGUGCAGAACAGAGGAUUAAGAGAUCUGAAGGCACCAUUGUUGGCAAUGAAGAUGUUGAUCAUAUUCGAUGGCCCAAUUCUGAAUGGAGAAGUCUUAAGGCGAAGUGGGAUGCCACAUCAGAAGGAUUCGUGCAUCCAGAUAGAGUUUCUCCUUGGAUGAUUGUGCCAAUAGAACCCAUAAAGAAAUACGAUUCUCCUCUACACCCAUCAAAGAAGGUCCGUGCAUCAGAUGCAUCACUGACUGGGCUUCCUAGCACGGUCAGGGAUGGCUUAUGGCAUGGUCCAAUCGAGUAUGCAACCGCAAAUCACUUGGGGGUCUUGCAAGGUCAAGAAAAGAGGGACAUGGGUGUUAAUGGAUUAGGUGCACUUAAACCGCCAAUACUACCAUGGUUGAUUCCUGAAAAUCCCGAGUCAAACAACAAAAUGUUUGGAUUAGGGAAUCAGCUGUGCUUUUCGGCGCAUGGCCCGUUUCAUCCGUGUCCUAGUGGUACAAUAUUAUUUUCUGGUGGAAACAUAACAAGGUUGAGUCUUCCUAAUGGCUGUAGUCCUCCUCUUAUCUCUAAUGGAAUCCCUGAGAAUGCCAUAGGAAGCAGAAACCUGACAGUUCUGAAUGUCAAGUCCUGCAAUUCCGGGUCUCAAGACUGGAGAACUUUGGAACUGAAGGAUGCACAUGCUCCACCAAAUGGUGGUGGCAGGUACAUGCUUUUUGGGGUCGAUUUAGUUAAAAGUCUACCGGAGCUCCCUUCACCACAAGCUGCUACUUAUAGUGAUCAUGAAAGUCUAUAUUCCGUUCUCCCAAUAUCUCAAUCCAGCGUUGCAGAGCCAUCCAAGUGUACGUCCGCCACUAAUUCGGGAAGUCAAUGCAAGAACUGUUGUUCUUUCACCAAUCUGUCAUGCACUAAGGUGCUCAAACAUGGAUCUGCUGGAAGAUCAGUUGAUAUCACAAAAUUUGAUGGGUAUGAUAAACUGAUUCGUGAACUAGAUCAAAUGUUCGACUUCAAGGGAACCUUAAUUGAUGGGAGCAGUGGAUGGGAAGUAACAUAUGAUGACGAAGGGGACAUAAUGCUGGUUGGAGAUUGUCCAUGGAAGAAAUUCCAGCAGGUGGUCCGAAAGAUGUUUAUCCGCCAAAAGGUUGGCAAGCUAAAUCCAAGUUCACCAAAUUGAGUGCCUGUAUUACGCUUGCUCAAGUCAAUUUGUGUCGUCGGUAUCUUGUUCGUGUUCAAGCACUUAUAUAAACAACUGUGUGUGUGAGAGAGAGAAAGACUAACGCUAUUAUAUAUGUCUGUGAAAUUAUUGUGGUGCAGCUAAAUACGAAUGCAGGAAAUGCACUUCAAAUAAUGCUCAAUCCACCUAUGUAUUUGUAACUUUGAACCAUUGGAUGAAAAAUGUAAUUAGAACUUAAAAUUGCUACA